AAGCUGAUUCUAUUGCAGUCCUCUCUUUCUACUCUUACUCUGGAUGCAUGCCUGAGCUGCUAGGAGUCAGAUCAUGGUGUAAUUUGCCUGGAAUUACCUGCAAGGACUAAGGACUAUUGAGCCCAACCUGACUUCUGCUGAAGUUGAUCCUCACUAAUGUUUAACUAUUUGAACUGAAGCUGUUAACACUGUGACUUGAGUGAUCACGGGAUAUCUAAUACUUAAACUUUUUUUCUGCUUGUCUUCUUUACUGCUCUCACUCUUCCCGGAGACGGGGAAUACAUUCCUCUAAGCUACUCAGGAAACAUGAAGGCAUGGGUGAAGUGGCUGAUCGGUCUGCUGGUGGGGGCAGUCGUAAUUAUUGCUAUUGCUGUUCCUGUGGCACUGCUGGCAACUAAAGAAGAUAAAAAAGAGGUAGAACCUGCCGGCAGGACAUACACAUUGGAUGACUAUUUUGGUGAUACAUUAAGAUAUAAAUCAUAUGGGAUACAGUGGCUUUCAGACAAUGAGUAUCUCCGCCAGACAAGAGACAAUAAUGUGAUAAUAUAUAACGUUGACACCGAUGAUGCUAGAACAAUCAUUUCGAAUACCACAAUCAGUAACAGCACUGCAUUCUUCUAUGAGCUGUCUGCAGACAGAAGAUAUGCCACACUGCAGUACAAUUAUGAGAAGGUUUGGAGACACUCAUACAAAGCUUCUUACCGAAUUCUUAAUGUUGACAAUCAAACGUUGGUAACUGUAAAUCUACCAGAUAGUAUCCAGUAUAUUACAUGGUCUCCUGUCAGUCAUAAACUGGUAUAUGUUUGGGAAAACAACAUUUAUAUAAAAAACGCGCCAGAAGAGGAAAGUGUCAGAAUUACCUUAAAUGGAGAGGAAAAUAAAAUCUAUAAUGGAAUACCGGACUGGGUGUAUGAAGAGGAAAUGUUUUCUUCUAAUCAUGCCUUAUGGUUAUCACCAAAUGAAAAAUUCUUGGCCUAUGCUGAAUUUAAUGACACAGACGUACCAGUUAUAGAAUAUACAUUUUAUGGAGAAGAAUCACAACAAUAUCCACAGACCAUUCAUAUUCCAUACCCUAAGGCUGGAACUAAAAACCCAACAGUGAAACUAUUUGUUAUAAAUAUAGAAUCUCUUACAACUAUAUCCCCCAAGGAAAUUAUGCCACCAAUGGACAUAAGAUCUGGGGAUUAUUACUUGAAUGACAUGACUUGGGCAAAAGAUGAAAAGUUUGCAGUUCAGUGGCUACGAAGAAUCCAGAACGUUUCAGUACUUACCCAUUGUGACUAUAUGGAUGAUACUACAACAUGGGAUUGUACAUUAGUACCUGCUCAAUAUGAGUACAGUACUACUGGUUGGGUUGGAAAUUUUCAGCCUUCCAGUCCUUAUUUCGUAUCACCAACAAAAUUCUACAAGAUCAUGAGUGACCGAAAUGGCUACAAGCAUAUUUUUUACAAUAGUUUGGGGGUUCAUAUAACGUCAGGGGAAUUUGAAGUGACCAGCAUAUCUAAAAUAACUGAAAGACAUUUAUACUAUAUAAGUAAUGAAGGAUCACCAUCAAAAAGACAUCUUUACAAGUUGCAGUUUGACUACCCUCAUACUCUAAAAUGUAUUACCUGUGACCUGCGUCCAGAAAGAUGUCAGCAUUAUUCUGCAUAUUUCAGUAAGAACGCAACGUAUUAUGCUCUGAACUGCAAUGGACCAGAAAUCCCUAUAUACACCCUUAUGAGGUCCAGUGAUGAUAAAGAAAUAAAAAUAUUUGAAAGUAAUGUCGAAUUAAAACUCUUGCUUGAAGAUAUUCAACUACCCACAAAAGAAAGAGAAGUUAUUUCGCUUCAUGGAUUUAAUUUGUCAUAUAUGCUGAUCUUACCGCCUCACUUUGACAAAUCAAAGAAAUAUCCCUUAUUGAUUGAUGUAUAUGGAGGACCUUGCAGUCAGAAAGUUGAUCAAUAUUUCAGGCUGAAUUGGGCUACGUACCUUGCAAGUACUGAGAAGAUUAUCGUGGCCAGUUUUGAUGGCCGAGGGAGCGGAUAUCAGGGUGACAAAAUCAUGCACCAAUUAUAUCGGAAGCUGGGGACUGUAGAGGUCGAAGAUCAGAUCGCUGCUGCCAGGCACUUCAUAUCAUUGGGAUUUGUUGAUGAUACAAGAAUAGCCAUUUGGGGAUGGUCUUAUGGUGGUUAUGUAUCGUCAAUGGUGCUUGGCAGUGGAAGUGGUGUUUUCAAGUGUGGAAUCGCAGUAGCCCCUGUAGCAAGUUGGCAUUAUUAUGACAGUAUUUACACAGAGAGGUACAUGAGCCUUCCAACACCAGACGAUAACCUUCAGAAUUACCAGAGUUCAACGGUCAUGUCUAGAGCGGAGAAGUUUAAGGAUGUGGGAUACCUCCUAAUCCACGGCACAGCAGAUGAUAAUGUACACUUCCAACAAGCAGCUCAAAUUUCCAAAGCUCUUGUUGAUGCCCAAGUGGAUUUUGAAACCAUGUGGUACACUGAUAAAGACCACGGGAUAGGAGGAUUGGCCAACAGGCAUAUCUACACUCAUAUGAGUCAUUAUUUGAAGCAAUGUUUCGAUCUUCAAUAACUGUUGGUAAUACCAAUAUGUGACCUUUACACUGUGAUCUAAGGGAAAGCUUUAUAUUUCCUCCAACAUAACCAAAGAUGAUUGACGUCAGAAUCCCAGCACAGAUGCUAAACAUGGCUAAGCCAAGGACAUGACAUGAGUAACUGCUGUAAUAAUGUAUUAAAUGCACAAUCUAGUGGAUGAUUUGAAAGUAUGGAUGAUAUAGACAGAAUUUACACACCCUGGUUUUUCGUAGACCAAUACUUAUUAUAAACUAUUUCUAUAUCGAUGGUAACAUCCCAUUUGAUAAGAGCUACAACAACAAAAACAUUCCCUUAUAUAACCAGCGAUAUGAUCUAGCAGCUUUGGGCAUAUUGACUUACUUUGAAUUCUCCCUCAUAUUUAUUACUUUUUAACCAGCAUCUAAUUAAAACUGAAUGUACUAAAUAAUAAUGUUUUCAUAACUAAAUCUAUUAAGUUUGCCUUAAAUUAUUGAAUAAUUAAAGCUUGUUCUGCUUAUAUAAUUACAAAGGGACAUUUAACCCUUCGCAACUGAAUUCUGUAGAUCAAAUGUCAUCCUAAGUCUCACUGGCAAAGCUGGAAUCACCAUCAUCUGCUACUUCGGCAAUACAACUAUUAUUGUAAGAUAGGUGGAAGAUGUAUCAAGUCUUCUGAAGAAGACAGGUGGAGAAGACGCCCAUAGCAACCAGAGGCUAGCUAACAUUUUAUAGAAUUUACUUGAUAAAUAAUACCUAGAAACUGGUUGCUAUGGGCAACGUCUCCAUCUGUCCUCUUUAGAAGGCUUGAUGCAUCUCACCCACAUAUUGCUAUAAUUUCUGCACUGUGUAUUUGUACAAUGGCCCAUGCUUUGCAUGGUUGUUUAUUAUUUUGAAGCUUUUUCGCUAUUGAAUCAUACAGUUUGAUAUUGUGGGUGGGAUGUAAUGAAGUCCGAGUUCAGCGACCGCGUGGGAUGCUGGCCAAACUUGGACUUUUUUUAAAGGCGCAAUCAUAUGCAAGCCUUGUACAUGAUUGCCCCUUUAAAAAUAAAUGUCCAAAUUCGUCCGGCAUCUAGCACAGCCACUGAACUUGGACCUCUUUAAAUCCCGGUCCUUAAGCCACCUGAAGACAGCUAGACAGUAUUCAUUUAAAAUGCAGGUUGCCAAUUCACUAUAAACAUGUGACAUCACUGACAUCACACCUUUUCCAUUAGUGAUGUUACUAGUUUUCUAUUUGCCACAUUUUUCAGAAUUUGCUAAUUUUAAUUAGAAUAUCGAUUUAGAGCUACAGGGGACAAUGUGUAAUGUGACCUUGAUCAGUAAUGCAAUGAUGUAUAAGAUCUUCUGAAACCAGGACCUUCUCAGGAUUGCAACAGAGAAUACUGCUAUUUUCAAUGUUUAUGGCACUUAUUUACUAACUGACUGUGGAUUGCACUCAUUGGGUAGAUGUAUUAACCUGGAGAAGGCAUAAGGAAGUGAUAAACCAGUGAUAAAGCAGUGUUAAGUGCAAGGUGAUAAUGCACCAGCCAAUCAGCUCCUAUCUGUUAAUUUACAUAUGGGAGCUGAUUGGCUGGUGUGUUUAUCACCUUGCAUUUAUUACUGGUUUAUCACUUCCUUAUGCCUUCUCCAGGUUAAUACAUCUACCCCAAUGUACUGUACUGUAUGUGAGCACUGUGUGUUACAACUUCACAAAACGUAACAAAAAUUUCACUCCAUUAUUAUGUUUUCUAUAUUAUUGCUGUUUCUGCUCCUUCUGGUGAGAAAGUACAAAAAUAUUACAGGUGUUUGCUGGAGAUAUAAGCUAGCAUGUAUCAAUAAAAAUUAUACACAUUAUAUUUCACUUUAUGAUACCACCGAACUUGACUGGCAGCUACCACCAGAGUUAGGCAGCUGGGGAUGAUGGUUCAGGUGCCGUUUUGUAAUUCAUUGGCUGAUGACCAUUUCCAAGUAUGUUUAUAAUAUAUCUAUUAAUACCAAACAUAUUUACGUGAAGAUAACCUUAACCUAUUUUGCAAACAGUUUUUACACUAUUGCAAUGGUUUACAUUCAAGCCAUCAACAGUCCACUGCUUCCUUCUUCCUGUUACUCCCCUCCAGUUCUGCUUAUUGUCUUCUGUUCCAAAUCUGCCAUUGCUUCACCUCGAUGUACCCAACACACAAUUUCAUCUAAGCUGCCAAGUCACUGAUAUUUGUGUAUGACUAUUGUUUCGGAGUUACGUACUCGCACAAACAUGUGCACCAUCAUCCACAGAUCCAUGCAAUCUGUCACCAAUUUAUUUUUUUCAUCAUUGAAAAUUGAUGAUUAGAACCAAAUAAAAAUAUGUGAUGUAGGUUUCUGCAAGGCUAAUUCAUCCUUACCUUAAAAAGUAAAACUUUGUAUGAACUGGGCUCAUUAUAUGUUGUAUUACAAUGGACAUGGAUAUUAAAAUAUGUUUACAACACUUUUUAAAUAUUUUCUCAGUAAUUUCAGCGGCAAAAGAAAGUAAUA